UUUUUUUUUUAAACCUCCGUUCAGAGUUUCGGAUCCUUGACAUUUUUUUGUUUCCCUUUCUUUUUCUCCUUAUAUUUCUAAUGUUGCGGACGAGUCGUUAUAUAAAAACUAAAACACAAUAUUAUAUACUUCGAAAAGCGACUUUUGUAACUGCUAAACCAAUCAAAGAAGGUUGGGAAGCUGUUAUUGGUAUAGAAGUACACGCUCAAAUCAAUACAAAGACAAAACUAUUCUCAGAUACUCCAACUUCAUUUAACGAACCAGUCAAUUCAAAUGUUUCUAUUAUUGAUGCUGCCUUUCCUGGUGUUCAACCUAGACUCAACCAACACGCCGUACAACUUGCUUUGAAAACUGCUUUGGCCUUGAAAUCAAAUAUUCAAACGCGUUCUACUUUUGAUCGUAAACAUUACUUUUAUCCAGACUUGCCACAAGGUUAUCAGAUCACUCAACAACGAGAACCUAUUGCACGUGGAGGUAUCAUUCGUUUGACUGAAUUAGAUGGAUUGGAUAAAAGUAUUGACGUUGGUAUUCAUCAAUUACAAUUGGAACAAGAUACCGGAAAAAGUAUACAUGAUAUGCGACCAGGAUAUACUUUAUUAGAUCUCAAUAGAGCGGGUACUGGAUUGAUGGAAAUUGUUACAAAACCUGAUUUGAGAUCAUCUUUUCAAGCAGGAUUGUUGGUCAAGAAGCUACAAGCCAUUUUACGUUGUGUGGGAUCAUCUAAAGCCAAUAUGGAAGAAGGAUCAAUGCGAUGUGACAUCAAUGUAUCAGUACAUAAAAUGGGUGAACCCUUUGGAACUCGAUGUGAACUGAAGAAUUUAAAUAGUGUGCGAUUUUUAUCUAUGGCUAUUGAUGCUGAAAUUGAUCGACAAAUUCAUAUACUAGAAUCUGGUGGAAUUAUACAGGCCGAAACUAGAGGAUUUGAUGCAAUCGCAAAUAAAACUUUUAAAUUAAGAGGAAAAGAAUCAGCACCGGAUUACAGAUAUAUGCCUGAACCUGAUCUACCUCCAUUGUACUUGGAUCAGUAUACUAUAGAUCAAGCAAGGUCAAGUUUACCGGAAUUACCUGAUCAAUGUCGUAAUCGUAUUAUGGAACAGUACAAUAUGGCUUUGAAUGAUGCCAACGUCUUAUUAAAUGAACCUGGUAGUCUUGAUUUCUUUGAAAAGGUUUCUCAAGGUAGAAAUUCAAAAACGACAUUGAACUGGACAUUACAUGAACUCUUUGGUCAAUUAGCCGGAGAAAAUAUUUCAUUUGAAAACAAUCCGAUUUCUACGCAACAACUAGGAUCUUUGAUUGAUCUUGUUACUGAUGGAACUAUUACUGGUCCAACGGGAAAGAAUGUUUUGAAGAUCAUGGUUCAAAACAAAUCGAAAUUGAUGCCGAAAGAAAUCGUUCAAGAAAAAGGAUGGCUCCGUAUUGGUGAUGAAGAUUCUUUAAAAACACUAUGUGAAACUCUCAUUGCAAAGAAUCCAGAAAAGGCAAAUACAAUCAAACAAGGUGAUCCAAAACUAUUCAAAUGGUUUAUUGGACAGGUUAUGAAGGAUACCAAAGGUAUGGCGGAUCCAGUGGCUCUGAAUCAAGUCUUAUCGAAUGCACUAGGUUGUCGAUUAGAAGAUAUAGAGAAGAAUCAAGGAACUAGUACGAAAAAAUUGAAAAAGUCGAAAAAAACCAAAUAGUCGAUACAAUCGAUAGAUAGAAUUUUUAAUGUAAAUAUAUACAUAUAUAUAGUACUUUAUAUAGUGUAGUUUUGAUAGAUUGGUUUUUAUGAAUAAAAUGUAUAGAUGAUAGUAGAUGGCUAG